AUGUCAACAUCCGGCGACGGAUUCGGCGAUGGAGGCGCAAAAGAUUUCUUCGGAUACGAACUCGGCAGCAACUUUGACGAAAAGUCGGGCCCGACUCAGUUUCACGAGGCCUGCAUGUACGGCUACUUGAACGUGGUCCUGCAAUUUCUCGAGCUCGGCCAGGACCCCAACUGCCUCGAGCAGACCGCGUCCGGGAUUGAUCCGCCGCUGCACUUGGCCCUGAGGGAGCUGACCAACGGCGAGCUGGUCCAAACGCUGCUGAGGGCGGGCGCGGAUCCGAACUUGGUCGGCAAAGGCGGCUCGACUCCGCUGCACGUUAUCUGUCGGCGUCCUUGCUUUGCCUUCGACAUGGCUACGGUAUUCUUCGAGACCUGCGAGGAGCGAGAGCUGUGGGUGCCGGUCAACACGCGAGACCAGUUGGGUUGGACGCCGCUGCAAUUGGCUGUGACCGCGGCCAAGGACUGUAACUUGGCCGAAUUGCUGCUGGCCAAAGGUGCCAAUCCGAUGUUGGCCGACCCGGAGGGACGGACAUCUUUGCAGCUCGUCUGCGGGACUUACAUCGACAAUGAAGGAUCGGUAACGAUUCAGACCCAGAGCCGCUUCGAGGAAGUGGCCCGAUCGAUGCUGAUACGAGGCGCCGACCCGACGUUGGCCAACGACCAGGGCGAGACGUCUCUGCAUGUCGUAGCCAAGGAAGUCCAUCAACUUUCCAUCGAAUUCUGGUAUUACGUAUUGCUCAAGAUCAGCCGCGACGCGAUAAUAAUCGGUCCCGAGUGGAUCGACGCUCGUAACAAGUCGGGCUGCACGCCGUUGCACCUGGUCUGCAGCAGCUUGGCAGCUCCGAGCGCGGACUACCACCAGGCUAGGGUGGCCGAGUGGCUGCUGAGGGCGGGCGCCGAUCCAAACGCGCCGAACGAGCAUGGAGCGACUCCUCUGCAUUUGAUGCAACACAAUGUAUUCUUGGCGGAGCUAUUCUUCGAAAUCUGCGGGCAGAGAAAUCGAGCUGUGCGGGUCAAUGCUCAGGACAGGUUGGGCGAUACGCCGCUGCACGUGGCCGCGAAGAUAGGCUGUCGAUCGAUGACCCAGCUGCUGCUGAGAAAGGGCGCCGAUCCGAACUUUCUCAACGGCGAGGGAUCCACUCCUCUACACGAGGCCUGCAAGAUAAACGUGGACUCGUACUUGACGCAGUUCCUCGAUACCUACCACGAGGUGGGCCGCUCGGUCGAUUUCAACGCCCGGGACAAGAACGGCGACACGGCCCUGCACUUGGUGCUGAGAUUGUUCUCGAUAGACCGCUUGCAGGCGGUCUUUGCGCUGCUGACACUGGGCGCCAAUCCGAAUCUGGCCAACGCCCAAGGAAGGACCAUUCUGCACGUCAUCGGCGACGGGAAAUUCGGCGCGGAGUUCGUGAACGACUUCUUGAACGUUGUCUGCGACGAGUCUUGGCGGACGACGGUCCAGCUCGACGCUCGGGACAACGAGGGUAACACACCGUUGCACCUGGCUCUGAGCGCGGCCGACGCAGAAGUGGCCGAGAUACUGCUGAGACGCGGCGCCGAUCCGACGUUGGUCAACGCGAGCGGCGAGACACCGCUGCACGUCAUUUGCAGGGGAUGCGAGCUUGACCGUACCAUAAGCACGAACCUGGCGAGUAGUUUUUUCAGAGUCAACGACGAAUUGCAACGGCAUCGGAUAUCGAUCGAUGCGCGAGACAAUUGGGAUCAGACACCUCUUCAGUUGACCAUGAUGGGUCUCGCACCGAAUACUUUUGAUGUUCUCCUGGAUCAUGGCGCCGAUCUGUCCAACUUUGUUUUUAAAUUCGACUUGAUUUUCUAUCGCUUGGAAUGGUUGAAAAACUAUCCGGCCGAGAUGAAGUUGAUAUUUGCGAUAUGCCUCUUGACCCUGGCCGAGAGUGUCGAGAGGAGGGGAUACGUACUGUAUCGAAGCGACGCCAUGACGAUCAUGAGAGUCAUCGAUGAGCUCGGACUGUUCCGGAUGACGGUGGAUCCCGUGACUCGCUUGCUCGACGACGAGCAUUUCUCCGAGGAAGCGAAAAAGAUGAUGGUGAAGGACGACAAUUCGGAUUCUACGACGCUCCACGAUCUGAUCCAGUUGCCACUCAAGGAGGCGGCGAAACGAUUCACGCACAUGGACUAUUACGAACUCAUACGCGACGAAAAAAAACUGCGGAAAUUGUCUUAUGGGUUCAGAGAGACUAGUCACGCGCAUCUGUACGAGAUAAUGUCGAAAAGAUUUUUCUUGAGCUGGGCUCUGGAGCUUUUCAUGGAACUGAUUCACUGCCGAUUGCCGAUUCUCUGCUGCGAAAUGAUCAUCGACAAUCUGAACAACGAAGAUUUGUUCAAUAUUUGCUUGGCGGUGGAGGGUCAAAAGGCUCAGUGA